CUCCAAAUCUUUUCUAAUAUUUAAGUCCAAGAAUCUUUAUCCUGUACUUGUAACAUUGCAUCUUACUUGUUUCAUCUUCUUCUUCUUCUGUACUGAGGGUUUUAACUGUGCUUUUACCUUCGUGAUCACGUGCUUUAUUCCAUAUAUGUGUGUGUGUGUGUGUGUGUGUGUGUGUGUAUCAGUUUAAUGAUUUCAUUUGUUAUAUAUAAGAAGGUUCUUUAUUCUGCAGUUUCCUUUUCUAUCUCUUUAUGUUCUGUCUUUUACACUUUGAGUUAUGAUUCCUGUGAUUCAGGAAUGAGUUGAUGAUCAUAGCAUUUAUUUUGGCUUGGCUUUCUUUUUUAUAGUUUGGAGGGACAAGCUUUCUGGGUUGUGAUUUGAGCAGAGUUUAGAAAUGUUGUGGCAAAACAAUUCCUGGUUGGCUAUAACAUUGAUCAUAGGAAUUUUUGUUGUGCUUGGAGAUGAUUUCUAUACUGUGGAGGGUAAGCCAUAUCGAAUUCUUAUGGAUACAGACGUUGAUACCGAUGAUUUCUUCGGUCUCUUGUACCUCUUGAAGCUUAACCGAUCAGAAUUCAAACUGGAGGCAAUCACCAUCAACACAAAUGCAUGGACUAAUGCUGGUCACGCGGUGAAUCAUAUCUAUGACAUUCUUUACAUGAUGGACCGCGACGAUAUUUCAGUCGGAGUGGGAGGAGAAGGUGGAAUUUUAGAAGAUGGAACCAUACUUUCAGAUGUUGGUGGAUAUCUUCCAAUUAUUGAUCAGGGCAAUACAACAGCAGGAUAUUGCAGAUACAGACAGGCUAUUCCUGUAGGUCUUAGAGGAAGAUUAGAUAUUGAUUCUAAUUUCGGCAUACGAAAAAGAUUCCUUCCCCAGGGCAGCAGGAGCUAUUUGCCUCUUCGACAACAUACCGCACAGCAAGUGUUGAUUGAUAAAGUAUCUGCAGGUCCUAUUACUAUAAUAAUGACAGGAGCUCAUACAAAUAUUGCUAUUUUCCUAAUGAAGAACCCCCAUUUGAGGAAAAAUAUUGAGCAUAUUUAUGUUAUGGGUGGUGGUGUGAGGUACAGAAAUCCAACGGGUUGUUGCCCAAAAAAUGCCAGCACUUCUUGCCAGCCUCGACAGUGUGGUGACCCUGGAAAUUUGAACACUGGCUACACCAGUAACCCUUAUGCAGAGUUCAAUAUUUUUGGAGAUCCUUUUGCUGCAUAUCAGGUGUUUCAUUCUGGUAUUCCGGUCACCCUUGUCCCUCUAGAUGCUACGAAUACUAUCCCCAUAAGUGAGAAAUUCUAUGAAGUUUUUGAGCAAAGCCAGAGUACUUAUGAGGCACAAUAUUGCUUCCAGUCCUUGAAAAUGGUUCGUGAUACUUGGUUUGAUGAUCGAUUCUACAUGAGUUACUUCAUGUGGGACUCCUUUACAUCGGGUGUGGCAGUCUCAAUUAUGCGUAAUUCACACAAAAAUAAUGGACAGAAUGAAUUUGCAGAAAUGGAGUACAUGAAUGUAACUGUUGUUACUUCAAAUAAACCUUAUGGGAUAUCUGAUGGAUCGAAUCCUUUCUUCGAUCGGCGUAUAGUUCCCAAGUUCAAUCUAAAGAAAGGUGGAGUUCAUAGUGGUCAUGUUCAAACAGGACUUCGAGAUCCAUUUUGCAUUGUCAAGAAUGGCAAAGGGAAAUGCAAGGAUGGAUACACAGAGGAGGUAAAUAGCUGUGAUGCUGUGCGCAUUCUUGUUGCUACCAAGGCAAAACCUAGUCAAGAUGCUGGAAGCAAACUUAACAGAGAAUUUUACAAAAGUUUCCUGGAUGUUCUAAAUCACUCUCAACACAGUGGAAGGUUCAAUUUUACAACACAAUUCCCCUAUUACAAACAAGUCUUUUACAAACCAAAGUUUGGUGCCAAAAAGCUGGGGAAGCCUGUUGUCUUUGACAUGGACAUGAGUGCUGGAGAUUUCCUAGCUCUAUUCUAUCUCCUAAAAGUUCCUGUGGAAGUUAUCAAUCUCAAGGCAAUAAUAGUAAGUCCAACUGGCUGGGCAAAUGCUGCAACGAUUGAUGCAGUUUAUGAUCUACUGCAUAUGAUGGGUCGCGACGACAUUACAGUUGGCCUAGGAGAUGUAUUUGCAAUGAAUCAAUCUGAUCCACAUGUCACUAGCGUUGGAGACUGCAAGUAUGCUAAAGCCAUCCCAAAAGGAAGUGGUGGAUUUCUAGACUCAGACACUCUAUAUGGGCUCGCUCGUGAUAUGCCGCGUAGUCCUAGAAGGUAUACAGCAGAGAACUCUGUAAAAUAUGGAGCUCCUCGGGAUACUGAUCACCCAGAACUUAGACAACCUCUAGCAUUGGAAAUUUGGGAUUCCAUAGCACAAACUCUUGAUCCGGGGUCCAAGAUUACCAUAUUGACCAAUGGACCCCUGACUAAUUUAGCCAAUAUUAUUUCAUCAAGGGAAAAUUCGACCUCUCUAAUUCAGGAUGUGUAUGUUGUUGGAGGACACAUCAGCCUUGAUUACAAAGACACAGGAAAUGUCUUUAGCAUUCCUUCCAAUAAAUAUGCAGAAUUCAAUAUGUUUCUUGACCCUUUGGCUGCAAACAGAGUCUUCAACUCCGCCCUAAACAUCACACUCAUUCCACUUGGCAUUCAGCGUAAAGUCAGUUCAUUUCCUAGUGUCCUCAGAAGUCUGCACCUUGCAAACAGGACACCUGAAACUGGGUUUGCUCGGCAUUUGCUGUCAAGGCUAUAUCGUCUGCAACGAACCCAUCAUCGAUACAGUCACAUGGAUACAUUCUUAGGGGAAAUUCUUGGUGCAGUAGUGUUGGCUCAUGAUUAUUCAUCUCUGAACCCAAUUUUUAAAGUAAAAUCAAUCAGGGUUUUUGCUGAAGGUGUUGAAUCCAAAGAUGGGCAAAUUUUGGUUGACAGGAAGCAAGGAAAACUUGUGAAAGUAUUGGAUAAUUUGGACCCAAUGGCUUACUAUAACAUAUUUGCAUAUAGACUUGGUAACAAAAAGCAGAGUGCUGUGAUAGCAAGCUUUGAUGAACAAAGAAGAAUUUGGAGAACCAAACCAAAAAAUAAAACAGGGAUUUUAACUUAGAGGUUUUGGGUUAAUUAUUCUCUGAAAACAGGAAUUGAUUUUCUUUCUUCAAAUAGAGCAGUUUCAAUUGUAAUAUUUGCUAAGAUUCUUCUUCCAAAUAGAAACUCUCACAACACCAAGUUCCCAAAUGCCAAAAAGAAGUACUCAUAUAAAGUCAUACAUCAGCAUUUUACAUGAACAUGUUUAAUUAUUUCUUUAUCUGAUGCAAUGAAAUGCUUUACUAAA